AUGUAAAUUAUAUAGACUUCAAAUCAAGAACAAUUUGAUCCAAAUCCUCACUCCUUUUAAUCUAUGAAUGAUAAUGAUAUUACUUAUAAUUUAGAUAGGAUAAUAGAAUUAGAAUAGACUGGUGUCUUUCUCAAUAUUAAUGAUAAAGAUUAUUAAUCAGAUAUUAAUGAACUAUAAAAUAGUAUAAUUUAAAUUAUUAAUAGGUAUAUUUCCAAGAUGGAUGCCUAUUCUACUAGAGUUAGAAAUAGAAAUUAAAGCUAUUCUACUAAAUAAAGUUAAUGUUUAACCUGAUUUAAUCUCAUAUUUUAAUAAAAGAGUCUUUCCAAUUAUGGAUUAUUUUUUAAAUAAAUUAUUUACAGAUCAAAAAUAAUUAAAAGUUUCAUGUUACUUUAAUGAAAUUUUAUUAAUGUUAUAAAAAUUAGGUAUGAAUAUUUGGAAGCAAUAUUAAUCUAUAAGUCUUGCUUUAUUUAAGAGAAUCUUUGUUUUUCCUGAAGUCAAAUUUUUUGAUUCUCAUUUUAAUGAAGGUUAAUUUAAAUAAGCAUUGGGAAACUUUUAUUUUGAACGUGAUUCUGUGAAUUUGUAAAGUGAAUAUAAAGAUAUUUAAAGAAAAGAUGAAAAUAACUUUUAUUGUUAUUAUCCUUUAAAAGGUGAAAUUUUGGAAGAUUUUCAUAUAAGUAAAUCAAGCAUUCAUUUAUCACCUUUUUUGAGAAUUUAAAUGCAUUAUUUUUAUUAAAAUGGUGGUUUUGCUUUAUUGAUUGAUGGAAUUAAUAAUUUUUACAUUGCUUACUUAGACAUUUUAGAUAUUUUCAAUUAUUUUAGUAUUUUUGUAGAUAAAUAGAAAUUUAUUAACUAUUUUUAAGGAUUAAAAGAAUAAUUAAAAGUAUUACAUUUGAAAAUCAAUGAAGAUGAUAUUAAAUUAUCUACAAAGGAAUAAGUUAAGAAGUUGAAUGAGACACUUGAAAAAGCCCUUUUACCAUUUUACACUUUUAGUGAAAUGAAAGAAAUAAUUGUAUAAUAAGAAUUGAGUAUUUACUUACAAUAUUUUAAAUGUUCUACCUUUGAGAAACGUAUAUUUGGUAUAAAUUUUAUUAUAUUAUAGGAUUACAAUAGAUUAGUGAAAAGAUUAAUUCAUUAAACUAUAUGAACUUUUAUGUUAAUUAUGAUAUUGUUUAGAAGAAUGAUGAUAAUAUAUUGAAAGAUAUUUUAAUAAAUUUUUUAGUGAAAAAUAAAAUAUUUUAAGAAUUAUUUGGAGAGAAAGCUCAUUUUGAAUUGAUAAAACGUUCAAGUUAAAUAAUUCGUUUUUUAUAUAGAAAUAAUUAAUUAUAAACAAGUGAUAUUAUUUAGAUUUUGAAAAUGGGGAAGGGUAAACAUGAAAGUUGGAGUAAUUUUCUUUUUAAAUUAUUAAAUGAUAUUGCUGAAAUAAUGUCUGAAUCUGAUAUGGAGGUAGUUUUACAAGAAAUAUAAGAAUAAAAAGUAGAUUCUAAUAUUUUGAAUUUUAUUAAUUGUUUGGGUAGAAAUCAAAAUUUUGAUAAAAAAUAUUUUUAAUAAAAGAAAGAAACAAAAGAUACUAUUUUAACAGAAUUAGAAAUUGAAUAGGAAUCUAUUUAAAAUUCAAAUAAAAAUUCAGAAAAAUUAACAAUAAAAGUUUACAAUGAAGAAUAAUAAUAAUCAGAGAAUUAAUAUUUGAUAAAUAGAAAUUAAGAUAGAAAAUUAUAAUAAUAAUAAUAAUAAUUUGAAAUAAAGAAGAGAAAUAUAUAAAAUGAUGAUAGUAUUGAUACAAAUUAUGAAGAAGGAGAGGGUAUAAGAGGAAGAAUAGUGGAAUAUUUAUUAAAUGUAUCUAAUUCAAAUUCUAAUAUUGAUUUAGGAUAAUAAGCAUUUAAAAUAGCUAUGGAUUUAAUUUGCUUGUAAUUUAGAUUUUUAAGAAUAAAGUAUUUAAAUUAAGCAUUUUAAAAAUUAUUUGAAAAUGAUUCUAAAACUGAAAAUCAUAUUUAGAUGAUUUCAAAGAUUAUUUAAUCCUAAUAUCCAAUUGACAAUUAUAAUUCUUAAUCAGAAUUAAUAAAAUAUUUAGAGUAGAAAUAUAAUUUUAAAAUGUCUUUAUUGGCUGUAAUUGCAAAAGUUAAAAAGAGAGUACAUGAAUAAAACAAGGAUAGGUAUACUGAAGUAAUUGAAUAAUUGUUAAAAUUUUACUAAUCUUUAUAUUUAUUGACUGAUAAUAAAAUAGAAUCACAUCAUUUAUAGAUAAUUUGGUAGGUUUUGGUAAAGAAUGCUUUUACUGUAUAAGAAUAGGAUUUAUUUUUUAGAUGGAUUUUUAGUUCAAAUAAAAAUAUAAUAUCAUUAGAUGCAUUAUAAAUGUUAUUUUUUGAUCAUAUAAUAAAAAUUGAUUGUAAUUCAUAUACAGUACCAAUAUUUUAAUGUCUAUAGAAUUUAAUUCUUUAUUUUAAUAUUCAACAUAAAAUUCUUAAGAAUGAUGUCAUGGAUUCAUAUAUAAUAUAAGAUGCAGACAUAGUAGGUUUAGAGAUUUUAUGGAAAGUAUUUUUUUGUAGCAAUAAUAAAGAAAUAGUAUAAAAAGCUUAAUAAUUUUUAUUAUAAAUAACAUGUUUCAAAUCAAUAAAUCAAUCAAUAAUGAAUAAAUUAAAAUAAAAUUAUAUUGAACAUAUAUUUGAUAAUGUUUAGAAUAAUACAACAGAAAAAUGUUUAGACUUAUGUAUAAAGUUGUUAGAAGAAGUUGAAGGGAUGAAAUAUUUAAAACAGGAUAGUUUUGAAAAGGGAGAAUAAAUUGAUUAAAAUAUUUUAAUUAUUAUUGAUAAUCGAUGUAAAAAUGCAUAGCAUCCAAAAAGAUAAGAAAUAUCUGUACCUGAAAAUAUGAAAAUAAUAUAUGUUAAGUAAAUAAUUGGAUAAAAAAUAAAUCCUUAAGUAAAAAGGAAUGAAAUAGAUGUUGUUUAUAGAGGAAAUUGGUUAGAUAAUUCAAAAAGUUUGAAAGAUUAUAAAUUUGAUAAAAAACCAACUUUUUAAGUUUUGAUGAGACCUUAAUAGGAUGAAAAUUAAAAAGUUGAAGAUUCAAAACCUUUAGCUAUAUGUUAAGGAGAUGUUGAUGAAUUAAAAGAAGUUUUUAAUCAUCCUAAAUUAAACAAAGUUAUACCUCUUUGUGUUAAUGAACCAAUUCCUCUUGGGAUUCCAGUUAAUAAUUAAUUAAAUAGUAAUUAAUAAGAAACGAUAUAAAGUGUUAUUGAAAUUACUAAUGAAUUUAAUAAAGAAUUUGUAGAAUAUUUUUUAAAUGAAAAUAAUUGGAAUUUUGAAAUGACAGUUAUGGAAUUAAUAGACAAUAGAGAAUUUCAUUUUUAAAAAUUUUAAGAAAAAUAAAUAAGAUAAGUUAGCCCUCUAUAAGAAAAAUAAAAUAGGUAAUUAUAAACAUAGUUGAUUGAAAAUUAGAUAUCUAAUCCUUAAUAGCCAUAAGGUUAAUUUUAAAAGGUUAUUUAGAAUGAGAAUAACAUUUAAUUAAUUUAAAAAUUUAGUGUUGCUACUUUCAUUUCAGAAAAUAAUAAUUAUAUUUAAAAAUUAUUUGAUGUUUUAAAUUUAAAUAAUGAGAAUUUGAAUUCAAAAGUUUGGUAGAUUUUAUCAAUGAUUCCUAGAAAUAGAGAGAUAUAUGAAUUAAUUGAUAAAUGUCAAUAAACAUCAGAGUGGGAAAAUUUAUUAGAUUAACAAAAUAAAUAUAAAUUAUAUUACAAUCUAUAGAUAUUAAAAGAAUUGUUGGAUUGUGAUUUUAUUGAUGAUUAAGAUGAACUCAGAAAACGAAAAUAAUGUAGAGAGAACUUUUUAAUUUAAGGUGGAUUAAUUCAUAUAUAAUAAUUAUUUUUCAUGCCAAAUGUUGAUCCUAAUACGAUAUAAUUAGCUUUAGAAAUAUUUUUAAUAUAUUUUACAGCUUAUGUAUUAUCAAAAGUAGAAAAAAAUGAUGAAUUUUGUAGUAGAAUAAUAAAUUUAAAAGAGACAGUUAGAAAUUAAUAUAAAUAAUUUGAAGAUAGAUUACCAUCAAUUUCUUUUUAUAAUGAAAAUAGUGAUUCUGAUAAAUCAAAAUUAAAAUAUGAAACUGCAUCAAAUUCAUAGUCUAGUGGAGUAUCAACUCCUAAAUUUAAUAAUGUUUCAACUAUUCCUCCAUUGACUCCUCCAAUAGAAGAACAUUUAAUAUCAAUAUCAAAAUAAUUAUAAUAAGUUUAAGAUAACUUUGAUGAAAGACAUAUGUUAAUCCUUUAAUUUAAAGAGAAUCAGUUAUUUUAAGAAUUUUUAGAUUUUCCAUAUGAUGAUCUAUUAAAUUCAUUAAUUAAUAAAAUUGAUUUAGGAUUUGAAUAGAUUUUCUAAACUAUUUUAUUAAUUCUUUAUUAAAAUCCAACACUUGUUUAAACAAUAUAUGAAACUGAGAAUUUUCCUUUAUCAGUCAUCUAAGUAUUAUCAUAAUCUUAGAUUUAAGAAUGUCGAAGAAUCUUAACUUAUUCAUUAAUUUAAAUAUGUAAAAUACCUUCUAAAAAUGUUCAAAAGGAUUUUGGAUUCUAUUUAUUAAAAGAAUUAAUACCUUAAAUAGUAAAUCCAUAAACAUAAUUUGAAGAUAUAUUUAUAUUGACAGCAGUAAUUUUAUAGAGAACAAAUUAUGAUAUAUUAACAUAAAAUUUUGACUUUUAAGAUUUGUCAUAAUAAAUAAUUUAAAAGAUAAUUGAUAGACCAAUAAUUGAAGAGAGAUUUGAAGAUAAUGAAGAUAAAGUUAUUUAAGGAUAUUUAAUUUUAUUGACUGCAAUUAUUGAAAUAUGUCCAUAAACAAAGGAAUCUUUAUCAAAUGAAUUAAUAAGAUAAGUUUAUGAAUUUUUAUUUCAUUUAAAUGAUGAUUAUGCAAAAUAUCCAAAAUUUAAAAGAAAACUUACAAGAAAAAGAGCAUUUCAUUUAUUAAUUGAGGCAAGCAAAAAUUGUGAAAAAAAUUUCUUACUUUUACUUGAUCCAAUUUCAAAUACUCAUGGAAGAAUUGAAUAACCUGAUUAAGAUUUUGAUACAGGUGUAAAAGGACAUUAUGGAUUUGUUGGACUUAAAAAUUUAGGUGCUACUUGUUAUAUAAAUUCUUUAUUAUAAUAAUUAUUUAUGAAUAAAGCAUUUAGACAUGGUAUAUUAAAUAGUUAAAUAUCAAUCACAGAAAAUAAUGAAACAAUUAUUUAUGAUGAUGUUGAUUAAAUAAAAUCUGAAUCUUAUAAAAAUAAACUUUUAGAUCAUACAUUAUAUUAAUUAUAAUUAGUAUUUAUACAAUUAUAAGAUAGUGUGAGAUCAUUUAUUAAUCCAAUUUAAUUUAUUAGAACUUUACAAGGUUAUGAUGGUUUGCCUAUAAAUUGUUCUGUUUAAUAGGAUGUUAAUGAAUUUUUCAAUUUAUUAACUGAUAAAUUAGAAAAAGAUUAAAAAGGAACUUAGUAAUAAGAUUUAAUAAAUUAAAUAAUGGGUGGAACAUUGGGGCAUGAGAUUAGAUCAUUAGAAUAAGAUAUACAAUUUUAAAGGGAAACUGAUGAAGUAUUUUUAACUGUUACUAUUGAAAUAAAAAAUAAAAAAAAUUUAGAAGAAGCAUUAGAUUUAUUUAUUAAAGCAGAUGUUUUAGAUGGAGAAAACAAAUACUUUUGUGAAUCAAUUAAUAGAAGAAUUGAUGCAGAAAAAAGAUGUUAUUUUAAAAAAUUACCUAAUACAUUUAUAUUUACUUUAAAAAGAUUUGAAUUUGAUUAUAAUAGAAUGUUGAAAUUGAAAGUAAAUGAUUAUUUUGAAUUUCCAUCAGAAAUAAAUAUGUUUAAAUGGACAAAGGAUCAUUUGAUUAAUAAUCUAUAAUUGGAUGAUUAUACAGAUUACAUAUAUAAAUUAGUUGGAGUUCUAAUUCAUACUGGAAGUGCAGAUAGUGGACAUUAUUAUUCAUUUAUAAAAUCUUAAGAAAAUAAAUGGUUUGAAUUUGAUGAUAGAUUUGUGAGUCCAUUUAAAUUUGAAAAUUUAAAAUAUGAAUGUUUUGGUGGUAAUAAUGAAUAUUAUAACAGUUUUGAUUGGGAUUCAAAUAAAUCAAAAAAUGCUUACUUGUUAUUUUAUGAGAAGAUUGAUAAAUAAGAUAUUUAAAUAAUGGGUACAAAUGAAAAAUGCUUGUAAAAUAAUAUUAUAUAAGAGAAUAUUGUAUAUUUAAAGAAUCAAUUAUUUUAUUCAUCUGAUUAUUAAGCAUUUGUUAGAGAAUUUGUUUGUUAAUUUAAUUUUGAAGAUCAUUAAGAGAAAAUAGAAUCUUAAAAUAUAUCAUAAUAGGAUGUAAUUUCUAACUAAGAAUCUCCAUCUUUAAAAGUGGUGAAAUUAUUUACACUGUUCUCUUUGGAAUCUUUAAUAAAGAAUAAAGAUUAAUCAGAAUUUGUUAAUUCUGUAAAUGUCUUAUGUGCUUUAUAUGAUAAGGUUGUUUCAGCAUCAUUUUGGUUUUUAACUCAUCUCUAAAACAAUCUCAAUUUACUAAUUAAUACUAUUAUUGAAUCAACAUAAUAAGAUGUUAAACAUGCUUUUAGUAAAUUGUUAAUUUAAGCUAUUUAAUGUGUUGUUAAUUAUGAAGAAGAAUAAUAACAUCAUUCAUUUAAUUAAGAAAAUUCAACAAUAAUGUAAUUCCUAUCCUUUUUCAUUGAUAAUUUAUUACCAACAUGUAAGAAAUCUAUGAGAAGAGCUUCAGAAUUCUUCUAAAUUCUUAAAUUCUCAAUCUCUACUUCAUCUUUUAUUAUAGAUCAUUUAUAAAAGAAGGGAUAUUUACAAAUGAUAUAUAAACUCUACAAAGAGACUAUUUUAGAAAAUUAGGUUUAUGGAAAUUGUAUGAAUAUUAGUAAACUUAAUGAUAAAGGAUUAGAAGGCACAUGUUCAGCAAUGUGUGAAUUAAUAUGUAAAACUAUUUAAGGUUCAUUUACUGAUGGAAUGAAAUUAACAAAUGAGAAAACACCUACAUAUUUAUUUUAAAAUUAUAAUCAACAUGUAAAACUUGAUAAUCAUUUGCUUACAGAUAUUAGAGAUUUGGGAGAUUAUAAGAUUAUUUUUGCUCCUAUGGUUUAGUUGAAUCCAAUUGUUGUAGAUAUGACAAAACAUCUUUGUUUUGAUGAUAUCCAAACAAGUGAAAUUAUUAUUGAAUAAUUAAUUUAAAUAUUAUUAGAUUGGAAUAUGGCAUGGCAUCAAAUAGAUCCUAUAUUUCAUAUAAUAGAAAGCAUACUUAAAAUAUCAGAUGCUUUUGGAGAAAUGAGAUUUUAAGUAUUUAAACUUAUUAUUAUUUUAGGUGUUAAUGGAGACUUAAACAAAAUUAGUUACUUUUUCUAAGGGAAAAUCUAUUCUAGAUGCAAUAAGUAAAUAAUUUUAAAAUGAUAAAAAUUUUGCUUAUUGUUUGGCAUCUUGGAUAGCAGAAAUUAUUCAUAAUUUCAAAGUUGCUUAAAAUUACUUUUCUUCUAAUAAAUCACUUAUUGAAAACAUUCUUGGAAAAUUGAAUAAAUAUAAAGAUUAUUAAUUUUAUUUGAAUUUUCCAGUUCCAAAAAUAAUAAGGGCAAUUGAUUAAGUAAAUAAUAUUUGUAUAUAGUUAAAUGCUCUUUUUAAUAAAUCAGAAAAUUAAAACAUAGUAGAAAAUGCAGUCAAUAAUAAUCCACUCAUUAAUAAUCCAAUGAAUAAUAAUAAUCCACUCAUGAGUAAUCCAUUACUAGACAAUCCACUCAUUAAUAAUCCAUACCCAUAUAGUGAUGAUGAAAAUUUUUAUACUGAUUUUAAUUGUGAAAGUUGUGAUACUUAAUGUGAUUAGGGUAUGAUUUUAGAUGUUGGAUUUAAUGACUCUUAGAAAUGUGAUGAUGAAAUGUUCUGA